AUGCCCUCCGAAGCUGCGCUAAACACCACCCUUGGCCCUUUCCUCUUGGGGUAUACAGCGGUCGCCAUCCUUUUUGGUAUUACUAAUGUGCAAGCUUUCAUGUAUUGUAUGCAUUCUUGGAAGAGGGACACUUGGAAGUUAAGAUCCUUUGUUCUCUUCUUAUGGUUUCUCGAUGCACUCCAGAUGGCUCUAACGGCUCAUUGCGUGUAUUACUAUCUAAUUCUCAAAUUUGGAGACUUGGACAACCUCGUCACCGAACCUGUUGUCUGGAGUUUGACGGUGAGAAUAUCGGGCACCUAUCCUCCGGGCUCCUUGUUUAAUCACUGUUGGCUGAAUGGGGAUCUACCAGGUUCUGUUGAUCGUCACGGAUUUCGGAGAUUUUCUUGUUCGGGCGUAAGGCGAUCUAGAGUCCGGUCAUUUAUUCACCGUGCUGAUGAUCUAUCAGAUUCUAUUGUCAACGACUGUGGAAAUUGGAUAACAACUUCCGAGUGCUUGCCGUCGUAG